CGCCCCCUUUUCUUCUCAGUCCCACAUGCACGAGUUUGACAGCACGAGCUCUGAAACUGAACUGAAAACGCCCGAUUCUUCCUCCUUGUCCGUCGUUUUGUGGAUUUUUUGUUUUAUUUUCCCCUUUUCUUUAAGAGUUUUAAGUGUAAUAAGUGGAGUAAUGGACUAGCUAUGAGGACCAGACUCUAACGGAGGCUUUUUUGAGUAUCGACCGGUUCCAAAGUUUUGUAUUUUGUCGCACGCGCGCAGACUGAAACAUGUCUCGAGACCCAGACGAGGUGAAUAAACUGACCGAAAGCACCUACAAGAAUGUUAUGGAACAGUUUAACCCGGGGCUGAAGAACCUUGUCAACCUUGGAAAGAGCUACGAGAAAGCUGUCAUGGCCAUGACCCUGGCUGGAAAGAUGUACUUUGAAGCUGUGGGUAAGAUCGGCGAGAACGCUGCUGUAUCUCCAGUGUCAAGAGAAUUAGGGGUGGUGUUGACUGAGAUCUCUGAAGCCCACAGGAAGGUCCUACUUGAGAUGGAAGAAAAUUUCAGACGCUUCCAUCGAGAGAUUAUUGCAGAGCUGGACAAGAAGACAGACAUGGACGUGAAAUACAUGACAGCCACGUUUAAGAAGUAUCAGAUGGAGCACAAGAUGAAGCAGGACUAUCUGGAGAGGUCUCAGGCUGACCUAAAAAAGCUAAGGAGGAAGAGCCAAGGAAAGAAUGCGCUGAAGUAUGAGAGCAAAGAGAAUGAGUGUUUGGAGACCCUCACGCACCGGCAGAUGGACAUGCAGAAGUUUAUUGCAGACGGCUGUAGGGAGGCUUUGCUCGAGGAGAAGAGGAGGUUCUGCUUCCUGGUGGACAAACAUUGUACUUUCUCCUACCAGCUAGCAGCUUUUCAUGAAAAGGCAAAGGAUAUACUAACAGACCAGAUACCUAACUGGCAAGACAAAUGUACUGAUAUUACCAAUGUUCCAGACAGUGUGAUGUCAAUGAUAGAAGGUCUGCGCACCCCGGUGUCCGUAACCCCUCAGGCCUCUCCAGCCGUAAAGCGCCACAGCAGGAACAAUUCUGAUGCAAUGAUUCCACCUCCUGCACCACCACUAAAGGCUCAAACAAGUCCACUAGCGAGCAUGUUCAACCAAGACACAGCAAAACAAGAAACUGUGAUUGCAGAUAAUAGUAAUGACGGGAGUCAAAUGGUCAGAUCCAUUUCUAUGGCUACCGGGCUGAACAAUAUGAGCCAGAGGCCACGUGUCAGGACUAUCUUCCCCCACAAAUCUGGCAGUAACAACACCCUGCUGAGCUUCGAUGAGGGUGACUUCAUUAUCCUGCUUAUCCCCGAUGAGAGAGACGGCUGGCUUUAUGGAGAAUUGGAGAAGACCAAACAAAGGGGCUGGUUUCCAUCCUCCUACUGUCGUCCAUAUGUAGAUCCUGUGGUAAAUAACAGUGUUGUUGGGAAUCCUCCGGCACGCAGUAAGAGUGUGGCCAACCUCAUGCAGCAGGACCCCGAGGAUGAUAUGCUGCUGCCUCCUCCUGACUACAGCGACACUUCCUUCAGGAGGAACUCAACCAAGUCCCUGAUUCAGACACAUGUGCCUUCUUCUGAAUACUCAGUUUCUCAGCCAAACGGAAUUUCAAAACCAGCUUUCCUAGGGGGCGGGAACCCUUUUGCUACCGUGAAGCUGAGGCCCACAGUCACCAACGACAGAUCCGCUCCUAAGAUCUGAUCACCACGACUCACUAGCCUUCUAACCAUCAGCAGCCUUUUUUCCCCCUCAACACCAUUAAACACUGCUGCGUGAAUGCAGACUUUUCUACUGCAAAGUACUAUAUGAUCAUACAUGAGCUUCACGGGCAUGUUAGAUUUGGACUAGAUACCCUGUUGGCCUCAUUGCACACAAUCAAACUACACAUUUAUCUCUGUACAUUGUAAAAGCCCGUACUCACAUACAAUUUCCAAAACAAAAACAUUCCAUCGUUCGUGCUGCCUAACUGGGUUUGUCCUGGACAUCCAGUGAGAGCAGCGCUAGCUAAAUCUAUAGAGUAAAAAUGCUUCUAAUAUAUUUUGUCCUGAAUUUUUACCAGAGGCGUUGAUGACUGCUUUUAUAGUUGCAAGAAUAACAUGCCUUCCCUGUGCUGAGAUACACCUAGGUUUAUAAGAAUUGUUGAGAAUUUUAUACGGUCAUGGGACAUGUGAUGAAUGUAUAUAGGACCAAGGCACUGAAUUUUCAGGUUAUAUAUUGUUGCAGAUGUAAUUGUUCCGGAUUAUUUCAACUGUAUCAGGUUAUUUAAAAUUCUGAACAUCUUUGUACACUAGGAUUAGACAUAUGUGUUAAUUCCGAACGCUUGAUAGUGUGUUAAGAUCGCAAAGCUGUGCUACGGACCCAUUUCCACAUACUAUUUAAUACUACUCCUUUUUCUUUUCCAUAUAAAAAGGACACCUCUUUAAGUUUAUGAUUUAUGAUUUCUGUGUCCAUGUCUAGCUCACAAGCAUCCACACUUGCCUUUGAGUCAUGUUGCUGAAACAGACCAUAUAAUUACACAGACAAAUUGUAUUUAAUUUUGAAGCUGUAAGGAAACCAUUCGUUCAUUUUAUCAACGCAGUUUUACCUUUUCCGAUGCCCUGUGAAUCACUGCUGUAUAAAAUAAAAUGUUUUAUUUCUUUUA